UUCAGCUUGCUUUCUCUCCAUCUCCUCGUACACCAAACGAGCCAAUCCCAGUACAGAACAACCAGCAGCUGACUUUAAAGGUGGAGGGGGUGGUGCAGCACGGUUCCUCUCCAGGCAUGUUCCGCAAGAUUCAGGCCGUCUGCCUCAAAGUCAGCUCUACUUUACAGACAAAACCAGGAUCCGACUUCAAGAUUCCUCUUGAUUCCAAGACCAAUGAGAUUGAGCAGAAGGUGGAGCCUCAUAAUGAUUACUUCAGCACACAGUUCCUGCUCAACUUCUCCAUCCUGGGCACUCACGUCGUCUCUGUUGAAGCCUCGGUUGUAGAUACCAGUGGGAUCGAAUGGAAGACGGGACCGAAAACCACCGUAUCAGUCAAGUCUCUGGAAGACCCUUAUUCCCAGCAGCUGCGCCAUCAGUUACAGCAGCAGCAGACCGGCCCACAGCCGGGACCCCAGAGGAACAUCGGUCCCCGCCAGUGACCUCCAACCCUCAUCCACCGCGUAUCGCCUAUACACUGCUGAUUGAUAAGCUUUCUUAUUUGCAUUAUCUAGUGUUUUGUACGAGUAAACAUCUAUCUGGUUAAUGUUUCCUUGUGUAAUAAUAAAUAGGGCUACAUUUUCUUCAGUUGUAUACC